AGACAACUGUCUUAAUUUGAUAGAUGUCUGCGGUUCUAGUGUUUUACACUUCCUGUCUUUGCUCAUUUUCCCUCCUUUAUUUGAUUGCUUGCCCCACCCUGAUUGUUUCCACCUGUUUCUAGCACCCUUUCUCUAUAUAUACCUGCACUCUUGUGUAUGUUGUGAGUUUGCCUUUGUUUGCUGACUUCCUUGAAGUCUGUAUUUCCCUGAGUUAUUUGGAUUGUUCUUUGGACUCUUUUUGCCUGUAGUCCUGGCUGCCUUUGUUUGCUUCUGUUCCAUUUUUGAGUAAGUUUAUUAAAGAUUUUUUGUUCACCUUCUCCCUUGCAUCAGUGUCUGCACUGUGAGUCCUCCAUUUUGUGACUGCUGACAUGGAACUAAUGUUACAUAAAGAGAUCUCUCCUGAAGAUGUUUCCACAAUCAGGGAAAUCGAUUGUCUUUGACAACUUUCCGGAUCCCACCGACACCUGGGAAAUCAUCGAGACAAUCGGGAAAGGGACAUAUGGAAAGGUCUACAAGGUGCUCAACAAAACUGAUGGAAGUAAAGCAGCUGUGAAGAUACUGGAUCCAAUCCAUGAUAUUGAUGAGGAGAUUGAAGCAGAAUACAACAUCCUCAAAGCUCUUUCUGACCAUGCCAAUGUUGUCAAGUUCUACGGGAUGUACUACAAGAAGGACAUUAAAUGUGGAGAUCAAUUAUGGCUAGUACUGGAGCUCUGCAAUGGCGGCUCUGUGACGGAGCUGGCUAAAGGCAUGCUGAAGAGAGGAGACAGAAUGGAUGAAGCCAUUAUUGCCUACAUCCUGCACGAGGCCCUCAUGGGUCUCCAGCACCUGCAUGUCAACAAGACCAUCCACCGUGACGUCAAAGGCAAUAACAUCUUGUUGACAACGCAAGGGGGGAUCAAGCUUGUGGAUUUUGGUGUCUCGGCCCAGCUGACAAAUACGCGCCUGAGGAGGAACACCUCUGUGGGAACUCCCUUCUGGAUGGCUCCUGAGGUAAUAGCAUGCGAGCAGCAGCUGGACUCCACUUACGAUGCUCGUUGUGAUGUCUGGUCACUUGGCAUCACCGCCAUAGAGCUGGGAGAUGGCGACCCACCCCUCUCUGAUCUCCACCCAAUGAGAGCCCUUUUCAAAAUACCCAGCACAUUAUCCUUCCCCUCCUGUUCUCAUUCAUCCUGUGGAGAAGGCCAAGAGUGCACAGCCUUUUCUCAUCUGUGUUUAUUGUGGACUGAAGAUGAAAAAAAUCCCCCACCUACUCUCCACCAGCCGGAGAUCUGGUCAGACACCUUUAAUGACUUCAUCUGCAAGUGUCUGAUUAAAGACUUUGAGCUCAGACCAAAUGUGCUAGACCUGCUCCAGCAUGUGUUCAUCAAACAGAUAGUUGGCCGAGAGAAAAUACUGCAAAAACAAUUGAUUGAGCUCAUUGAUCUCAACCAACAAAUAGGAGUUAUUGAAAAAACGAGCCAUCAUGGAAAGACAGACAGAAGCACAGACAGUAAUGACAGGCAUGAACGCAUCCACACAAAAAGAGGAAGCCACGUGAAGAUGCAGACUGACCCAGAGGAGGUGGACGACCUCGCCACCCUAGAAGUACUAGACGAAAACACGGUCACAGAGCAGCUUCAGAGUCGCUAUGGGAGAGAUCAAAUUUACACAUACGUGGGAGACAUCCUCAUCGCAGUCAAUCCUUUCCAUAAGAUGGAGAUAUACACUCCUCAGUAUACUAAGAUGUACAUAGGAGCUAAGCGCACAGCUAACCCACCACACAUCUUCGCUGUGGCUGAUGUCGCCUACCAGUCCAUGGUGUCAUACAAUGCAGACCAGUGUGUUGUGAUCAGUGGGGAAAGUGGAGCUGGGAAAACAGAGAGCGCUCAUCUGUUGGUGCAACAACUGACAGUUCUUGGGAAGGCCAAUAAUCAGACGCUCCAGGAGAAGAUCUUGCUGGUCAACAGCCUGGUGGAGGCUUUUGGGAACGCUUGCACUGUCAUCAAUGACAACUCCAGCCGCUUUGGCAAAUACCUAGAGAUGAAGUUCACCUGUGGAGGAACAGUGGUCGGAGCGAAGAUAUCCGAGUACCUGCUGGAGAAAUCCAGAGUCAUCCACCAGGCAGUAGGGGAGAGGAACUUCCACAUCUUCUACUACAUUUAUGCUGGCCUGGCUGACAGGAAGAAACUAGCCCACUACAAGCUCUCUGACAGCAAAACACCUAAGUACUUGUGUAAUGAGCACAUUAAAUUGGGGCCUGACAUAGUGAGCAACGUCUUCUACAAGGAGCAGUUUGAUGCAGUGGAGCAGUGCUUCAAAGUUAUUGGAUUCACCCUGGAGGAACUGGGCAGUGUUUACAGCACGCUGGCUGCCAUCCUCAACUCCGGUGAUAUCGAGUUUUCUCCAGUCGCCUCAGAGCACCAAACAGACAAGAGCGACAUAUCCAACAUUUCUGUCCUGGAGAACGUGGCAUCGCUGCUGUGUAUCCGCUCAGACGAGCUCCAGGAAGCCCUGACAUCCCACUGUGUUGUGGCCCGGGGAGAGACAAUCGUCAGGCCCAACACGGUGGAAAAGGCAGCGGAGGUGAGGGACGCCAUGGGCAAGGCUCUCUACGGUCGCCUCUUCAGCUGGAUCGUCAACCGCAUCAAUGCACUUCUGCGGCCUGACAGUCACCUAGGAGAGGAUGACAAGGGCUUGAACAUUGGCAUCCUGGACAUCUUCGGCUUUGAGAACUUCAAGAAGAACUCUUUCGAGCAGCUCUGCAUCAACAUCGCCAAUGAGCAGAUACAGUUUUACUUCAACCAGCACAUAUUCGCUUGGGAACAGGAUGAGUACCUGAAUGAGGAGGUGGAUGCUCGGAUGAUCGAGUAUGAGGACAACCGACCCCUCUUGGACCUGUUCUUACAGAAGCCCAUGGGGAUGCUCUCACUUCUGGACGAGGAGAGUCGCUUCCCACAGGCCACCGACCAGACCCUCGUAGAGAAAUUUGAAGAUAACCUAAAGACCAAAAGCUUCUGGAGACCCAAGAGGGUUGACCUUGGCUUUGGUAUUCACCACUACGCUGGAAAGGUGAUUUACAAUGCUGCAGGCUUCUUGGCCAAGAACAGGGACACCUUACCAGCUGACAUCGUCCUGCUGUUGAGGUCCUCAGAAAACGAGCUAAUUCGCAAACUGGUCACCCAUCCCCUCACCAAAACAGGCAACCUUGCCCACACCAAGGGUAAAGGCAUAAACACAAUGCGCACCCCGCGAACCCCGACACGCACCAUCACCUUCGCCAAGCCUGGGGAACCUGGAGACACUCCUUACCACCCGAGAGAAACUACCAACAUGAGAACCCAGACAGUGGCUUCCUACUUCAGAUACUCUCUGAUGGACCUGUUGUCCAAGAUGGUGGCAGGCCAGCCUCACUUUGUUCGGUGUAUCAAACCAAACAACGAUCGUCAAGCCAACAAGUUUGACCGGGAGAAGGUCCUGGUUCAGCUGCGGUACACUGGAGUUCUGGAGACCGCCAAGAUCAGACGGCAGGGCUACUCUCACCGCAUUCUGUUUGCAAACUUCAUAAAGAGGUACUACAUCUUGGCUUUUCAUGCUCAUGAGGAGCCAGAUGUGACUCAAGAAACAUGUGCUGCAAUACUAGAGAAGGCCAAAUUAGAGAACUGGGCAAUGGGGAAGACUAAGGUGUUCCUCAAGUACUACCAUGUUGAACAUCUGAACUUAAUGGUGCAGCAGGCCACACAACGCAUUGUUCUCCUCCAGGCUUACGUAAGAGGUUGGCUGGGAGCCAAACGAUACCGACGGAUACUAAAAGAGAGAGAACAGAGCGCUCUGGUGCUGCAGUCUGCUUACAGAGGUCAUAAAGCUCGGAAGAGGGUGGCUGAUGACAAAAGCAAAGCCAAGUUUGAGGCUUUCAUCAUCCAGUUUCAGGCUGUUUGCAGGGGCUAUCUUGCAAAAAAGAAAUACAAAGAGUUAGUAGAUGAGAAGAAUAAAGCUGCAACCAAGAUUCAGGCCCGUUACAGAGGGCACAAGGAAAGGAAAAGCUUCAAACGAAAACGGGAAGCCAGAGAGAAAGCCUGUAAAGAAAAGGAAAAAGAGAAUCCUGAUUCAGAAAAGAUCACGAGUGACGAAAAUCCUGCUCCCAACAAUGAAGCAAGGAAUGACGAAGAAGAAGCUAAGGCAGCUGUGGUUCUCCAGAGUAACUACAGGGGCUACAAGGAGAGAAAAAAGUUUAAGGAGAGAAAAAAGACUAUGGCCGGUGCUGAAUUACAAUUACCCCCAAAUGCAGUGUUUGAACAAGAAGGUGGGCAAGGGCCUGUUAGCAAAGAAGAGGAAGUAGAAAAGAUGGAUUAUAAACAAGAGGAGAAUGAUGAAGAUGAGGAAAGUACGUAUGAAGCAGAGGAGAAUGAUGACAGUGAUCACACACAGGUGCCAGAAGAUGAUGAAAAUACUGAAGUGGCAGAUGAAGCAGUUAUUGAGAAUGUAGCAGUAGUAGAUGCCAUCAAAGGGGAAGAGGUUGUCAACAUGGAAGAGGAAACCAAGGCUGCCACUGUUCUCCAGAGUAAUUUUAGAGGUCACAAGGAGAGGAAGAGGUUGCAAGAAGAAGGCAAGAUCCCAGAAAAGAAACUAAAAGCAACAAGUCCAACUGGUGAAGAGGAAUUGCCCACAGUGAGCAGUCCUACAGCUGAGGAAAAAGUGCCCAUUCAAACACCAGCAGAAAAAAUUUGCUGCGAGGAGACAAAAAAAGAAGAAUCAAUAGACGCUCAAGAUGCAGCAGAUGUUUCUUCAAUUGAUGUCAUGUUAGAAGAUCAAGAUGAGACUAAAGCGGCCGUGGUGCUUCAGAGCAACUUUCGUGGCCACAAGGAGCGCAAACGACUCGAGGAGGAAGGAAAGAUCCCUAAGAGGAGGAAAAAAGAAAGAGAAGUUGCACCAGAAGAGGAAGAAAAAGAACAGGUAAUGCAGAGUGUAGAAUCAGUGUCAGAAUCCCAGGAGGGUACUUCUGUGGAGAACCCAGAGGCCCUAGAUGAGGAAAAAGCUGCUACAGUCCUACAGAGUAACUUCAGAGGCCAUCGGGAGCGAAAGAAACUGAAAGCAGAGAGAGGAACACAACAGAAAGCAAAGGAGGAAGCUGACAAUGAUGUGGAAGGGGAAAGUAAAGAAGAGGCAGAAGAGGAGGCCCUGGAUGUUUCCGACGUGGUGAUAGAACGUAAAGAGGAGGCAGAUGUUGAAAAAGAAAGACAGGAGGAGGAGCAGGCUGCAGUGAAGAUCCAGAGUAACUUCAGAGGGUACAAAGACAGGAAGAACCUGAAGGCCAACAAGCAAAUGGCACAAACACAAGCUGAACAGCUAGAGAGCUUCUCCAAAGAGAUCACAAAGACUUCUCAGGACUUUGCAGCCCUGCAGCAGAAGUUGAAUGAGAUCAUCCAGGCCCAUCAAUCAAACCCCGAGAACAAUGGCAUGUUUGUGAGGGGAAAGGCAAUCAAUGGCUAUGCUCCCCAGAUUCAAACAUCAACUGACAAGAGACUGUCAAGGACCCCCCGCAGGACCCACCAGCCAAAGACUCUCAAUACACCAGAGGACUCCACCUAUUACACCUUGAUUCAUAGGUCUGUCCAGGAUGAGAAACGCAAGCCCAGGAAAGAGGAUCCAGGAAAGCUGCUGGAUGCAGAUGACCAGUACUACCACCAACUGUCCACCAGCAGGUCUGAACCCUGCAUCGCCACAAAGGACACAUCACUCAGCAGUGUGCCUGAGAGAAGGCAGUCUAUAGAGAGGAGGCGGUCCAUGGACAGGAAACAGCCUACAGAGAGACAGACCAGAGAGAGGGCUGUCACUGAACCAGAGCCUCCCAAACCUGCCACUGACAACAGGCGCUCUGUUCCCAGAAUGCUCUCCACAGAGAGUCGAACUGAGGACAAUCCGUACGACUACAGACAUCUACUGAGGAAGACCUCCCAGAGACGAAAGCUCAUCAAACAGUACUGAACACAGGACUGAGCCUUUUAGUCGUUUGGCACAGAAUCUGUCCGAAUGUGAAAAUGAUAACAAACCACGUUACGAUGUGUUAUCAUAUUGCAUCAUGCUAUGUGUUCCAUCACAGCUUCUUCAGAAAACUCUGAAACUGUUUAGUUGUGGAAAUGAAAAUCUAGUCUAAAUGUUGCAUGGAUAGAAUGAAGGUAAGUGUAAAUAAAACUUGGUGUAAAUGAAGGUUUUACUCGUGCAAUUUGUAAACUAGACGUUGCUGCUUUUACUUCAUUUUCAGUUUACUUUCAGACCUGUUUGUGCAGUGUUGUGUUUGAGGUUGUCCAUAUGCGUUUAAAAAUCAAAUAGAAUUGUGUAAAAUAUCUGUAGAUCGUGUAAAUACCAAAUCCGCGCUCUCACGCUUGAAUACUUGUUUUGAAGGAAACGUCUUUUGGAAAAACAGCUUUUGUCGUGUUGUUACAAAUGUACAUUCUCUUCUCUGCUGUAUUCUCCGUUUUCUUCAUUUGAACAUAAAAAUAUAUCAAAUUCCUUAUGAUUUUUUCAUUUAUCUUACAUUUAGUUCAGCUGCAUUCAUUCAGAAGUGAUGAUGUGGUGUACUCUGCUCCAUUUCAACUGAAAAU